CUGGUUGAAGUGCCCCCCCCCUUCCCCCCCCAUCGCUGAGUGCAUGUACAGUACGUACAUGUUGGCGUCGAUCGCCCCUCUCUCUUAGUCUAGGCUGUUUCUUCUUCAGUCCCUCUGUCAGACUGUCUUGCCUGUCACUGCUUCCUUUCCUCGCUUCUUCCCUUUUAGCGGCCUAUGUCGCGUUUGCUCCCGUCAACGAACGUCCUUCCAAUCCCCUUCCCGUUUCAUGUCGACGACAUCGGACAUUUCCAUAUCGCCAAGUCGAAUGAUCGCGCGUCACCCCAAGCCUUGCCUUCGUGGACGAGCCAACAAACAGCCAACACUGUGCGAUGCCGACUAGCGUCUGACAUCACUCCUCCCCCUCGACGUCUCAGCUCCAUCUUCUCCGAAUAACCAACAACAACACUUCUUCACUUGUCUUUCGUUUCGUUGGGUGCUAAUGGUACCGGGGGUACUGUUACCUAUCUUCUACUCUCCUCCUUUUCGUCGUCGUCGUUAUUGAGGUUCCAGUCCUCGUUCAUGAUACCCCUUCCUCUUGUUAUACUCUUAGUUUAAUAUAUUCCUCUUUUGCCCUUUCCACGCCUGUGCCACCCCUCCCCUUCUUCUCUUCCCUCUCGUCAUGGAAGGCCCCUCGGCGCAAAAAGUUAUCGUCCCGCGUAUAGAUACGGCUUCGACCUGGGUUCAGAUCGAAGAGAAAACUGCCGAGAAUAGGCUACUGUCGGUCGUCGCGCAGGUCCUCGACAUUCCCCGAGAACAAAUCCAGCUCCAUGAAUCCUUCAAAGACUUGGGCGGUGACGACAGGUCCGCCGUGGCCCUGAGGGCCGAGUGUCUGGAGGUUGGCAUCGACAUCAAAGUUUCCGAUAUCCUUCGCUGCCCGACCCUCGCUGAACUCCAAACCUGUAUUAUCCCCAAGUACGAGCACCCCGUUGUCCGUAAGCCGCCCGACAAUAUCGAAACCACCAUGGUCCCGGUCGAACUUCGCGAAAUACACAGGCCUGCGAGGCUAGCCGUUACCCGUGACGCAAAUGCGAGUAUCGCGACAAAACGCUCGCGCAACUCGAGCCAGGCCAGCUCCGGCUCGCAAGCUAUACAUAUGACAGAGAUAGAAAAGGCAUUGGGCAACCAAAAAGAAAUAUCGAGGAUAGCAACGGUGCGACCAAAGGCAGGCAUCCUCGAAGGGAAACUCGUUGCCCUCUUCACCCUCUCCACCACUCAGUCAUCCCGAGCCAGUUCAUCCGAUGUCAGCCUGAUAUCCCAGUCCAACUCCAUCUUCGCCGGCACCCAAGUCACCCUACUCCGCCAAGUUGCCAAAUCCCUUCUUCCGCCGACCAGCCUGCCCGAUGUAUGGAUCGUCUUGGAAAGCAUGCCCCUUACGGAGACCGGCCAUAUAGAUACUCGACGAUUGCGAACUUGGGUCCAGAAUAUGAAUCAACAGCUCCAUUACCAGGUGUCCAAUCUCCAAUCCCAGGUGCCCCUGGAGGAGCCAAAAACGACCUUGGAACGCUCGUUACAGAGGCUGGUAAGCAAAGUGCUGGCUCUUUCUCAGGUUCAGAUCGGCGUCAACCUUUCCUUCUACCAGUUAGGAGGCGAUGAGACGACUGCAUUGGAACUCGUUGCCCGGUGCAAAAAUGAGGCUAUAUACAUCGAACCCGUGGAGGUGCUUGGAUCAAAUACCCUCUCGGAGUUGGCCGCCAUUGCCGAGUCGAGGGGCAUCCAGGAGAACCAAUGGGAGGAGGAAACUCACGACUUCUUCGAUCUGUCUCCGAUGCAGCAUUUGUACUUUGAGUCCUCUAUGGGUGGAGACCUGAACCGUAGAUCUGCCGGCGAUGGGACUUACCGCUUCAACCUAAGCCUCUUUCUCCGCUUCAAAAAGGACGUCUGUUUCGAGGAUGUCGCGGCCGCUCUGGAAGCUAUUGUUGCCCACCAUCCAAUGCUUCGAUCGCGCUACAGUCGGGGAUCUGAUGGCUGGAUGCAGCUUAUUCUACCUGAUGUUGCAGGAUCGUAUAACCUCCGCCGCCACUCGAUAUCCUCAGAUCGCGAACUGGACACCAUUAUCGGACAAACACAGCUCGCUAUCGACAUUGAGAAGGGGCCGGUCUUCGCUGCCGACUACUUCACAACCCACGACGCUCAGCAACUGAUCUAUCUUACUGCUCACCAUCUUGCUGUUGACCUACCCUCAUGGCGCAUCAUCAUUCACGAUCUCGACGAGCUUCUGGACUCGGGUAGUUUUCUGUCCCAACGGUCGAUGCCCUUUCACAAAUGGGUCGAGCUACAAAAGUACGAUGUUCAAGGGAAAGACCCAAAAGAGUUCGUGCCCUUCAAACUCCAACCGGGUGAUUAUACCUUUUGGGGUCUGCGAGAAAUCCCCAACUCGUACGGCGACACGCAAGACAUUAGCUUCGCUCUCAGCUCGGAGCUGACGGCGAUAUUGCAAAGUUCCUGCAACCAAGUUUUCAAGACUGAUACGGUUGACAUCUACCUCGCUGCGCUUAUGUUGUCGUUUGCACAGACAUUCCCCGAUCGGUCUGUGCCAGUGGUGUGGAAUCAAGAGCACGGUAGGGACAUGUGGAGGUCGGACAUUGACAUUUCCGAGACAGUAGGGUGGUUUACAGCUCUGUGCCCGAUAGCCCAAAAGGUAGAAGGUACAGACGACUUCAUCGACGUUCUCCGACAUCUCAAAGAUACGCGCCGGUCAAUACCAGCUCAUGGCUCCAAGUACUUCGCGUCACGGUUCUACAACAGCGCUGGGCCUGACACCUUGCGCCCCGAUUGGCCGAUCGAGGUCAUGUUCACCUACGCGGGCUCGCUGCAACAACUAGAGCGCACCAACGGCGUGAUGGAGCAGUUGCCUCUGACAAGCCGAUCUUUCGACUCCCCGACUUCGGAUAUUGGGUCGAAAGUGGGCCGCGUGGCUUUGUUCGAGAUCAGCGCCAUGCUUGACAAAGGUACCGCCAAAGUGUCGUUCACAUAUAGCAAGUUCUGUAAAGACCAGACUCGCAUCGCGCAAUGGGCUCAUAACUAUGAGCACCUGCUUCUCGAGGCGAUUGGCAGGCUGAGGUACCACCCUCAUGAGCUAACGCUUGCCGAUGUUCCUCAUCUUGAUGUCACAUAUGAAGGUCUGACGAUAUUCAACAAACAGCGGGUAGCGGGUCUGAAACUGGCAAGCGUGCAAGAUGUUGAAACCAUCUACCCGGUGACUGCCGUACACCAGGCCAUCUUGAUCAGUCAAGCUCAGCGACCAGAUACGUGCUAUCUGCAUGCCAUCUAUGAGUUCGCAUCACCACAUGGCGAUUCUAUUGAUAUUGCCAGACUAUGCAACGCGUGGCAGCAUGUAUGCAACCGGCAUCCAGCCCUAAGGACCGUCUUUACCGAGAGCGUCAGCGAAACUGGGUUGUGGGACAUGGUGAUUCUUCGUCGGGCUUCGCCAGAUAUGCUCUUCAUUGAUACAGCCCCUGCAGAAGAUCCAGUGUACGAGCUCGACAAUCUCCCAGAUCUUCGACCGACGGACAAUAAGCCGCUCCACCGCUUGACGGUGUGCAGAGCUCCAACCAGAACGUUCAUCAAGCUGGAUAUUAGCACCGCGCUUUGCGAUUCUGUCAGUAUUCACAUCGUUUUACACGAUCUUCGAAGAGCCUACGUCACCGAAAAGGCCAUUCCUGAGCCUGCCCACUUCGGAUACCCUCAUUAUAUGCAGUUUUUGAGCGGGAUACGCUGUGGAUCCAGUGUUGGCUUUUGGCGUGAGAGGCUUUCCGACGUCGCACCAAGCAUGUUCCCUCGACUUACUGUGUCGCCCGACGAGCAGCGCUUCGUCAAUUCCUUUCUCGACUUGGAGAUCACGUCCUACGAACUGUCUGGGUUCACAAGAUCCCACACGACCACUGUCGAUGCGAUUGUCCGUUUGGCGUGGGGCCUUGUGCUGCGAUGCUUCACCGGGUCGAACGCUGUGUGCUUCGGCUACCAAACAAGCGGCCGUGACACCUCCAUUUCCGAGCUACAAACCGCCGUAGGUUCCUUUGCCAAUAUUGUGGCCUGCAAUUACGAAUUGACGUCGCAUACAUCUCUUAAGAUGGCGUUGGAGGUUAUUGAAGAUCAACUUACAGCUAGCUUGCCGCAUCAACACUUUACCAUGGCCGAGUUGGAACAUGCUAUGGGCAUGAAGGGUGGCGAACACCUCUUCAACUCGUGCCUAACCUUCACCGAAGAGCCCGCAGGACUGAACAGCAAGUUCACUAAAAGAACAAACUUUGAGCUCAAGCCACUCUCGCUCAAGCAGACGUCCGAUGUGGACGUACUUUUUAAUACGCGGUUUGCCGGGGGAAAGCUGGUGGUCGACAUUGGACAAAGGGUCAUGUCCGAAGAGCAGGCUCUCAAUGUGGCCAAUACAUUUGGAAAAGCGAUCCGCACCAUUCUUUCAGCACCGCAAAAUUCCAUAGGAACAGUUGAUCUGUUCAGUGACCGUGACUAUGCCCAGUUGUUAGCCUGGGGCGCUGACUCGCCUUCUGCCAAUAGCGCACGAGUUGAAAGCCUUGUUCACGAUCUUGUAAACAAGCAAGCCAGCGCUCAGCCUAACUCUCAAGCCGUCUGCGCGUGGGACGGUACUUUUACGUACCAGCAACUAGAUGAAGAGGCAACAACCCUAGCCCAUCAUCUAGUGGAUGUGGGCGUUGGACCACACUCGGUUGUGCCUGUAGUGAUGGAGAAGAGUCGCCUUACCAUUGUGGCGAUCCUCGCUGUUCUCAAAGCUGGCGGUGCGUUUGUCCCCAUCGAUGCUUUGGAAUUAGGCUUGAUCCAACCCAUCUUUGAACGGCUCAAUUUCUCGAGGGUCGCGGUCGCUUCUGAGCGCGCUGCCUUGGUCCUUGGCAACCUGUUCGACGAUGUUGUCACCUUGAAUGACGGCCUAAUGAACGGCCUUCCGCGCGAUCAAAGAUCGCUCACCUCGAUGGCUACGCCUUCCGAUCCAGCCUGUAUACUUUUUUCCCGCGUCUCAUCGGGCGUGGCUCGUGGGGUUUCCUUCAGCCACACUGCAUUAUCCACCGCGCUUCUGGGUCAGGGCCCCGCCGCGAAGAUUGGACCUUUGAGCCGCGUCAUGCAGCUCUCGUCUUUUAACGUUGACAUUUGCGUUUCGGAGAUCCUCACCACACUCGCUCAUGGAGGAUGUGUGUGUGUGCCGUCUGCGAACGAGCGGCUCAAGGAUUUUGCAGGCGCUGUCAACCGUAUGCAGGUCAACUGGACUUAUAUGACGCCACACCUCUCCCGUAAAGUUGACCCGACAAAGGUGCCAACCUUGAAGGCGGUGUGCUUCAGGACUCGGAGCCUGGAUGAAGACACAUACAGUGCAUGGCAUGGUAAAGCCAACAUAAUCCUGGCCUAUGGACCACACGAUGUCUGUCCUUUGGGUAUCUCCUUUCUCGAGGCCGUCGGUGAAAACCAACUUCGAAGUGUCGGGCGCCCGUUUUGCGGUAGCUUUAUGGUUGUUAAUCCAGACGACCGCAAGAAUCUGGUCCCUGUCGGUGCCGUCGGAGAGCUGGUAGUAGAGGGGCCAACCUUGGGUUGCCAUUACCCUAACAGGGAGUCUACUUUGGGGCCAAUGUCGCCACUUGGACCGUCUGCGGGCAACCCGUCACGGUACUUCAAAACUGGACACAGAGUUAGGUAUACUGACGGUGGGUUGAUGGAGUUCAUCUCUCACAAAGACGAGGAUGUUGGCAGCAAGGAAAGACCAGUAGACACGGCGCAGAUAGAGCGGUAUCUUCGACGGUGUCUUGGACGGGGAGUUGAUGUCCUGGUAGACAAAUUGCCCUUCCGAAGCACGGAUGACGCGCCGGUAUUGGCUGCCUUCAUCGAGUUCGGGGAUAGUAUCCUCGAUGGCGAAGACGACCUCAACUCAUUGGGCGCGACGGCUAAAGAGCAGCUGUUCAUUGCUAGGCAACUUGUCGAGAUUGGGUUGCGAAGCAAUGCUGCUCCGCCCGGAAUCCCGUCAAUCUUCAUCCCAGUGAAGCAUCUUCCAAUCACCCCUUCACUCAAGGUCAAUCGACGUCGCCUUCAGAAAAUGAUCAGUGGGUUAUCCAAAGAGAAGCUCAUCGCACUGUGCAGUGCCUCGACAGUUGACGACGCGAAGCUCACGCAAUUUAAACCUCUCCCGCUGACCGACAAUGAAGAGCGAAUGAGGGUGAUCUGGGCAAAGGUCCUGGGUGUAGAGGAAGCUCGUAUCCGUGCUGGUGACGGCUUCUUUGGCGUUGGUGGCGACCACGUGCUUGCUGCUCAAUUGGUUACCGCCUGUCGGCAUGAAGGCAUAUCGAUCUCAAUCGCCGAUGUCCUCCAAAAUGUCACACUCACCGAGUUAUGCAGGACAAUGUCUCCCAUUGAGCCGCUGCAGUCCGACAGCUCAGUUUCGCUGCCGGUGUUGAACCCUUUGCCCACUGCGUCUGACCCGAAUGUAGUCCAACAAAUACUCCUGGAGAAAGUCAUUGCACCAAAGGUUGGUGUCGAUGCGCACGGCAUCAAAGACGCCGCCGAAGCAACAUCUACGCAGAUGCGGCAUAUGGAAACCGGAAUGCUCCGCGGCCGUGCAAAUAUCAACUAUUUCACGUUCAUGUUCACUGGUCCUGUCGAUGUUAAGAAGCUGGAAGAUGCAUGCAUGACGCUCGUCACCAUUCAUCCCAUCCUUCGUACCGCCUUUGUUCCGCACAACCGAAAGGUGUACCAAGCUGCGAUCAAGUCAGCUAAUGUCGAGUUCAAGAGGCACACCUGCCCCACUUGGAGGUUGAACACGGUCAUGGAAAAGUCGAUCCGGAAAGACCAAGCCUCACCGGUGGCCUUCUGCUCUCCCAUGACAAAGUUCAUUUUCAUCGAUGGAGGAAAGCAAUCAAUACUCAUCCUUCGACUCUCCAAAGCCCAAUACGACGACCUCUCAAUGGCCUUGUUCGUCAAGGACCUCAAGAAGCUGUAUAGUGGGACACAGAAUCCACCUCGUCGCCCGACCUACUGCGAAUUUGUCCGGUCCGUUGAGCUGGCUAACUCACAAGGAGCCGAGGAGUACUGGAAGAAACUGCUCGAAGGUAGUACGGUUACUCAGGUAGUCGAGCAUCCCUUGCCAUAUCGGGUGUCGGCAAACAUCAAGACGUUGCGUCAUGUGAUGCCUCUCGGCUCAUUGUCCAGCCUCGGAAUUUCUUACGAGACCAUUCUGAAAAGUGCAUGGGCAAUGGUUCUUGCCAGUCUCUCAGCAUCUCCCGAUGUAGUUUUUGGCGAGCUUGUUGAUGGUCGCCAUGUCACACUCUCGGGCAACCAGUCGGUAAUGGGGGUCAUGGGGCCAACAGUCAACCAAAUCCCCGUCCGGGUGCAGUUUCCAGAUACACCGCUUACACCAUUAGCUCUGCUCCAGAACGUGCAGACGCAGCGAAUAUCCAGCAUACCCUUCGAAAAUCUGGGGACGCUAAACAUUGUGGAGAAGUGCACACCAUGGCCGUACUGGACUCGCUUUAGCACUCUGAUCCAACACCAGUACGAGGACACAGCCAUUGUCCCAUCGGAACCCAAGUCAUUCCAUCUCGGUACUGCCUCGUGCAAGUUCACUGUUAUCGAAUCCAGAGCUCAGGAUGUUCCGGAUCUAUUCAUUAGAUCGAUUGCCCGCGGAAACAAUCGGGUCGAGUUGUCGGUCACGUUUUGUGUCGACCGUGUCCCUGAGACUUUUGCUGAUGAGGCGCUGCGAAUGAUCUGCGCCACCAUCAACCUUCUCACCAGCGUCAACAUUACACAGCCACUGAUUCCAUCCGGUGACCAAUACAAGAACAUGGAGAAGAAGAUCCCACUUCCUCUUAGGGACUUGCUGGACGCAUGCACGGCGCACACCAGUGCCGGCCGGUCUGAUGCUGUCAAGGCGCUGACAAAAGAUCAAGAAGGUGGCAUUCAGGCCGUCAUCUCCAAAGCGUGGACAGCGGUCGUCAACCCUCGGGCUCUGGGUGUCCCUGAAGCGCAGGUGCAAAAUGCUGCCUUCUUUGAUCUAUGGGGAAGCCUCAUCCCCGCCGCUCAACUAGCAACGCAGCUGAACCGCGAACUGCCCAAAGCCAAUAUUCCCGGUGUCGAUGCCACUGUCGCAGUCACUAUGGAGGAGAUUGUGGAGAACCCCACAAUGGUCAAGCAAUUUGAGCUGAUAGCAGUCAAGAUGAACAACAAAUCCAACGGUACCGGCUCCUCGUCAUCAUUACCUUUGUCCAAGGCCAAGGACAAGGAGAAGGGCAAAGACACCGCCGUAAACAACAAGCCUACGUUGACAGACAACACCAGGCUUGCCCCGAUCCAAGCCGCCGUGCGCAGAAAAUCUAGCAUCAACCUUGCCGUUGCCAGCGUCAAGGGAACGUUCCGCCGCUUUGCCUCCACUGUUGGCCGUUCGGGCGCCGAACCGUCCGCCAAAACAUCCUCGGCAGCCUCGAAUGAAUCCACGACCAUGGCCAUCGGCAUCGCGUCCGCCAUGGUUGCCGAGCUUGUCUCUCCCUUUUCUCCAAACGUCGUCAGUGCAAACAUUAAUGCCCGUAUCGACGUUCCUGGUCGACAACAACAACAACAACAACAGCAGCAGCAGUCUUCACAAAUGGUGCAUCCUGGACAACCAGCCUUCGACAUGGUCCUCGACAGCCCUGUGGGCCCCAUAGAAAAAGACGCCACUGAAGAGCUAACGAACCCUGAACCCGACUCCUCUUGGCGCUCACUCCUACUCCCCGGCGCAGCUGUGGAACUUCCCCUUUCAGAGAUUCCUUCCAGAAGAGGGACAGAACACACAAUCGGCUCCUCCACGUCGGCAACUACGAGCAUGACGGAGGACGGGAGCGGCAGUGCGCAGAGUAGUCGGUACAGCGGCGAAGAGGGGAGGCGAUAUGGGGAUCAGGUUACCCCUGUCUUGCCGGUGCAGGUCAGGAUGAGUGGGACAAACGGGAACGGGAAGGGGAACGUGCCGGCGGUGAUUGAUACCGCGGCUGCGAACGGACACUGGAGAAGAGGAGGGACAACAAGCGAGGCGGAUGAUUUGGUUAGUCCGUUGACGGCUGUCAGUCCUGGGAAGUAUGGGGGACGAUUCCUUGCAGCUGGAAAUAUCACGGGGGAAGGGGCGGGAAGUGGAAGCAAAGGUCCAAGUGGGCUGACAGUGAUGGUGUCGCCUCUUAACACGCCAAGUAGGACUGCGGAUGGAGGUGGGCAGGGACACGGGCAUCGACUGAGUGCGAGUGGGAGUACGUUGAUGAGAAAGAUGGGUAUGUCGAGUGUUGCCGAGUGAACGGAUGCGGUGCGGUGCGGUGCGAUGUGCUGUGCUGUGCUGUGCUCUUGAAGGGCUCUUGAGCGCCGAGGGCGGUGGUUUGUUUGCUUGUAGCGUGGUGUUUGGUGAUGGGCCAGGAAGGACACGACAAUGGAGUCAAUGGUUGAUUGAUAUUGUAGCUGCUGGCUGGUACUGCAACAAUGAUACGGGAAAUCGAGCAAAACAGACCCAAUUGACAAAAAGAAAGUACACCAACCCGAGCUCGGUUGGUAUAUCAGAUGAUAUGACAAG